CUCGUCCUCCUCGGAGCCGCUGCCCUGGCUGAAGUCAAUGCGCUGUGCCAGGCGCGCCAGAUUCUGCGACAUGGAAAGCGGCUGCAGAGAAAACCAGGAUCCUUGAUGAUAAGGACAACAAAAACAAGAAUGAGUGAAAGGACUGGGCAAGUAAGCAGGGGAGUUGGGAAGAGAGAGGACAGAGGAAGUCCUUUGUGUAAUUGUGAUGGUUUCAAGGUGAUGGCUGCAUGGGCAUGCAGGAAUGCAGGUGCAUGGUAUAGUCUUUGUAACGGGACUAAGAAUGAUGUAACUAAAAGUGCAUUUUGAACCGUCAAGUGAAUCAGUGAUCACAAGACAGGUUGUUAGAGGUACAGUUAUAUAAGUAAAUACUUUUGCAAAACCCCCCCCCCAAAACAAGGAAAACUAUAAUCAGAAGGCUGAGAUCACCUUGAAUGGCAUUAUAUAGUUAAUAGUGGAGACUUGUCCAAUGCACUGCAAGCAGGCCCUCUACAAGUCUACUACCGUCUCCCAAAGACAGGAUCUUGGUUACACACUUUAUUCAUCUAGAUGGGGAAUUUUUUCCUAGCUUGCUUAUUUUGCCUGUUGGCUUGGGGCAAAUGAGACUUGGGAGCAUCUGACCUAUAUAUAGAUAGAAAAAUAUAAAUAUUUUUGCAAAAAAACCCCACGUUUGUAUCCAGCGUCUUGGCCUUUUGGCUCUGAUCAAGUGUAAUACCAGUCCUCUCAUGGGCUAAAAGGUGGUUUCCCAGGGUGAGGCCUGUCCCUUGCAUCCCAGGAAUGCUGACCUGUGAGUUUCCCAAAUGCAGGAAACUUGACUGCACAAUUUUGUGGCAAUGGGGGACUGCUUUAUUCCUUUCCCCCAGACCUUGCAGCUAAAAGCAAGCAAGACUAGCAUACAAACCCCAUGGUUCCUGAGCCCUGGGUUUCCAUGUAGGAUGUCUGACACAGAUUUGGGGAGUAUCUGUAACCCAACUGAUGAUGAGUCUGGGAAGGAGGGUACUUGCCCAGUGGUAGAGCCACAUGGACUUAACCAUCUCAGUUGAAACUUGGAACUUGACUAUUGGGCUAUACCUAAUAGAAUUUGUAAGUGAUUUGACCCUUGAAACAAACAAACAGAAAAGUUUGUACCCAGCUGAGGGAAGGCUCUUCCUGGCCUGGACCCCCUGGACAAAGAGAAUUGGUUUGCCUAUUUUGGCAAGAUAAAGAAACCUAAGAAGGAAGCUAUAAUCAGCAUGAUAGAUGGAGUAGGUGUAGAGCACCGUACAAACCUGGAGAGACUGGGGAUGGUAGUGGUCUUCUACCAGGAGUUGUACAAUGCAUCACCAGAGGACACAGAAGCCAUGCAGGAAUACCUGCGGAAGCUCACUCACAUCUUCGGGGAGGACAAGAGUCAGACGCUGGUGGAGGAGUGGACACUGGAGAUCAACAACUCUCCACAGCUUCAAGAAUGGUAAAACUCCUGGGGCAGACAGCUUGCCCAAGGAGUUCUAUGUUUGCUUUCAGGUGGGCCCAGACCAGCUGGAGGUUUAUAGAGAGCGCCUGCAGGAGGGCCACCUGGGGCGAGAAUGGAUGAAGGCCUCAGAACCCUUCUUUAUAAGGGGGACAGGCAGGACCUGAAUAAUUGGCAUCCUAUAGUGCUCCUUAACUUUUACUACAAACUGAUGGCCAAAGUCUUAGUUGUGUGUUUUAAGUCUGUUAUAGGUGCGGUGAUCUGAGGACUAGGUGUGCUCAGAACCGGGGUGAUAGAUCUAGAGCCCUGAUGCAGCUGCAAGAUGUACUACAGUGCCAAUGUGAGAGAGGGCUGAAUGCUGCCAUGCUGAACCUCAACCUGGAGAAGGCCUAUGACUGAGUAUCCCACUGGUUCCUAUUUGAGACACUGAAGAACAUGGGAGUCUCCCCAACCUUGGUCACCCAGGACUUCAGGUGGGAAAAAAUGGUGAGGACCACACUGUACAGAACAAAAUGGUCUAGAGGCAGAGGAAUGCCAGAUGUCCUGCUGUUCCUCUGGGCCAAGUACAUGAACCAGAUCUGCAAACUGGCAACAGAGACAGAAUCCAGAAGAGCCUGCUUUGUAAAGUAUGUUGCAGGCCAACAACUGUGACAGUGGCAGGUGUACACAAUGAUCAACAUAAGCCCACGGACCAUAGAGUCCCCAUGGUUCUACGAGGUCCUGAAACGCUUCUGGAACAAAUACGAACUGCAUGACAAGGCCCCUGUGACCCUGAGGAACCACCAUAAGAUGCAGGAGGUGAAAGGGGCAAGAGACAUCAUAUUGCCCAUGGACCUCCUACCCAGUGACAGCUACCAGACCAUGUGGGAACGAAUCUUCCAUAAGGACCUGCAGAAGGAGCACUGAGACUUGAACUGGCAGGUAACCCACCAGGCACUCCCUGUGCGGGCAUGGAAAAACAAUGAAGAACAGAGAGACCCACAAACUGCUCCAGGCAAACCUGCUGGUGGAAGGUGGAAACAACUGACCACCUCCAUUGGUAAUGCCCAUAAGCCAACGAGAUGUGGAGGAAAGUAUAUGUGGUGAUGGGGUUCACAACCCUGACCAAGGAGGUUCUAUAUGGACACUUGACCAAGCAGCAAGGACCCCAACAGCCCACCUCGACCAAUUCAUCUCCUGCUUGAGGAAUGCCUUCCGGAACACUAGAAACUUGCUCGUGAACAGAUUCACGAACCUCACAAUCAAGGUCUGCAUUAAAAUGGGACUGAGUGAGAUGUACUGGUACUACAGGAAAAUGGUAGAAGAUGACACGGAAUAGAUGGCAGACAUCAUACAGAAGAGAGGGGACUAGCAUAGACUGUUCAGAGGUGUGACGUCAUAAAGUUUUUGAAAUACUAUUGGAUGAAGUGAGGUUUUGGCAGGAUACUUAAGCUCAAAAUGACUGAUGCAGAUGAUUCCCAGAGUUCAGUUUCUGACUACUUUGAAGAUGGCCAGGACCUAGUGUGCACCGAAGAAGAGGAUCAGUUGCCCACACAUGAUGCUGCUGUUGGAAGGAGUGCUCAGUCGGGCAGUGCGCGGGAAGAUGCUACUUCUGAAGAUUCUUCACAUGCACUCAGUGCCCGUGGUACAUCGGCCACAUGUUUUACUCAAUCUGCCAAAGCCUCCCUGGAGAGCAGUGAUUCAGAAAGUAGUCCUUGUUCUAGUGGCAGCUUAUACCAACCUGAGUGUAACACUGCAUUAAGGCAAAAAGUAACAACUCGAAGGUCCGCAAGGAACCUAUCUCACUCUCCUGCAAACAGGCAAGACAGUGCCAGACAGGAUUCCUUGACAGCCACCCCACACGGUGAGCUGGGGUGUGGAAAGGAGUCAAAGUCCUCUCGACUGCCAAAAUCUUCACUCAAUUUGAAAGCUAUUUUUGCCCAUCACUUUCGAGGGAAGAAGCUCAAGAGCGAGGCAAACCGAAGAUUUAAGGAGAGAAAACAAAGGACAAAGAAGAAGUAUGAAAGCACAAGACGACCUCAGAGGAGACUACUGCAAACCAUGUCACGAGAAGAGAGGAAAGAGAGACUUCUAGGCAGAGGAUUUCAGUUUCCUUUUGUUGAAAAACACUAUGGGAGGAAACACAUCCCUUUGAAAAUGGUGUUUGAGUAUGAGCAUGCAGCUUUAAAAGGAUAUUUUCAAUACAUUGAGAUGCUUAAAUAUGAAGAUCAUCUUAAAAAGGCUUUAAAGAACCUUAAUGCUAGUGAGGAUUUUGAAAGCAAACGCGUGGCGAUGCGGAGACACAGAUAUUUAGAUGACGAAGGACCCAUAUCUCCUAUUCAGGACACAAAUGAAGACAACUUGGAUUCUGAUGAUCAGGAAGAAUAUGAUGCUAAAAUAGUGGAUAACAGCUGUUUCAUACUAAGCAGCAAGCUUCCAAUCAAGGAAAAAAACCCAAACAAACAAAAGUCAGGCAUGCAAAACUGACUAGAGGUGGUGAUGGAAAUGAAGAGGGGGAACAUGCUGCUGAUGGGACUGGGCCUCCGUAGGAUACAUGCCAGAAAUUAAAAAGCUAAUAUCCUAGAACAGAAAUACAAUGGCAACUCUUGGAUACCCCUCCUCGGCACCAGAGUUUUCAUGUAAAAACGCACUCAGCAUUUAUCCAAAGAAGCAUCUUCAGUAAAUACAAGUGAUGAAUAGAAAGAAUCUUCUUCGUAAGGUUUCAUUUUUGUCUUUGGGUAUUCAUAAGGAGGAAAAUCUCUUUUUCAACUUCCCACUGGAUCUAGGAAUGGAGUUGUUUCUAGUUCAAUCAUGUUGCUUUUGAAAAGCGAAUAUGGAAGUUGCUCUUGGUAUAAGAGGUCUUCCUGAUGCAUCUUCUGAAAAAAGAGACUUUUGCUGAAACACUGGAUGCAGCAAGUCCAUUCAUUUUUGGACUGAAUCUGCUUGUCUAUGUUCCUGGACCUCUUCUUUCUCAAAGUCAGUCUGCUUCCUUCAGCAACCUGGAUACUGAGAACUUGUUCUGCUUGCUGUUCCAAAUGCAUUGAUGGACAGUGUAUUCUGAGGCACUAGUGAAAAAGGUACUUUCCUUUGGCACUUCAAGCAGACUGUAAAUGUGACUUAAAAUCACUGAUGAGAAGAUCUGCAUAGGGGAGUCCAAAUGACUACGCGGCACUUGAAGAAAGAAUCUGUGACCUUGUGCCUUGGUAAAGAAUUCUGUUGUGCAUAGAUUUUGUGGUGUCUUUCAAAGAUGGAGCAUAUGCCUAGAAAACAAGGACACUGAAUUACAAAGAAGUUAUCAGAAAUGAGAAGUUGCCUCUUACUGAGGUACUGACUGCAGCAUUUGAUGGUGAUGGAAAGUUUCUCAGUAAUAUAAAGUUGCUAGUCAUUUGCUAGUGAGCAUUUUGACAGCAGAUCCCAAAGGAAGACAAAGACCUGAUAUUUGCAGUACAGCUAGAAUUCCUUCUCUGUCAAAUGUUAGUGAUACCUGGCAAAAUUGCAGAACAGGAACUUGCUGGACAAUUUCUGUUAAGACCAUUUUUUUAGAAGAUUUAAUAGAGUGAUUUUUUUGAUGGAAACCUGUGGUAUGACUUCAUAAUGGACUGAUCCUGCAAAACAGCAAAAAAAUUCUUGUGCCUUGCUGUGUAAACCUAAUGGACUGUACAGUGAAUAAUUACUUAGUUGGUUGUUUGUUUGGGUCUUUUUUGUUUCUUUUUAAUUUAAAAAGACAUUCCUGAAAUCUUUCAGAUGAAUGUAUAAAAUUCUUUAAAAAAAAAAAAAAAUUCUGUAACUUGGAUGUCUUGGGCUAGCUUGUAAUAGCACUCUUCAAGCUCUGGAAUAUUCUGACGACAAAAGCAAAAAGCUAGAACCACAAGAGGACUUAAUGCUUAAAUCUAGAACUUGGAUCCACAAAAUCCCUGCUCAACUCCUCUCUAAUUAGGGAAGCAUUUAAAAUCCUAAAGAGUCUGUGCUUCUGCCAGUAAAAUUAAAAAAGAGCUUGUUUGCUGAAA